AUGGAAGUCUCCAGCACGGCUGCCUCAACCAUCGCCUUAUUCGAGAAGCUCGAAAAGCUCUUCCAGAUAAUCAAGGACAUUAACGAUCUUCCAAACGCUAUUGACAGAGUGGGAGAUUCUUUCCCAAUAGUCUUGGAUGUUGUCAAGGUUGUCCGAGAUGAACCCAACACGAAGUUCCCAGGGAAAGAAAUGAAGCAGAGAAGUGAGGAUAGAAAUUGGUCGACAUUCGUUGAUUUCUACCGCGAGAAGGUCCGCGAGGCGGGCAAAGUAGAAGCCCUGAUGGAAUCGAUCUUGCAGAAACUGAGGAACUUGGCCGUUACUAAAAUUUUCAAAUCACUCGACUUCAACGACAGCGCGGCCUAA